GUAAGCCUCUUGAAUCAGGAAGUUAUUAUUGAGAAGAUACAAUCUGUAGUUGAAUCAAGAUUGAGAAAUUCCAACGAGGCAAGGGCAUUUCAAGAACAGAUAGUAGAUCCAUCUCCAUCAAGUGCUAUGGUUACAAACAAAUGUUCUCCUUCUGAUGCUCCACAAUCCGGAUCGAAAUUACAGAGAGUUGCAAUGCAUAAAAUGGUGAGAACAGAUUCACUAGAUCCUGCUGGAAGGUUGCAUGCCUACUUGCAAGUUAAGCCUUCUAGUAAGCCAGAAAGGAGUUAUUGCUUGACGUCUAUUAGGUACAAUUAA